AUGAAUCCAGUUGAAGAUUUUACAAAAUUAAAUUUAUUUGGAACUUUUACAAAUUUUGUUUCUGCACCAGUUCCUUUUGAUUGUUAUCAUGAUCCAACUAAGAGUGAAACUAUUUUAGUUGCAGAUUUACCAGGAGUAUUACCAAAUGAUAUGAAAGUUAAUGUGGAUAAAGAUAAAUUAAUAAUUCAAGGUAAAAGAGAAUGUGAAAAACAUGAUUAUCUUUUUAGUAAUAGAUGGUGUGGUAGCUUUAUACAUCAUAUUAGUUUUGCUAAAGAAGUUAAAGCUUCAGAUGUAAAUGUGGGUUUAGGUGAAGGAAUAUUAAAAAUUACAAUCUCAAACACUCCAACAAAUAAUGUAAUUGGUGUUAAAAUGUCAAAUAAUAAUAAAGUUGAAUUUUAA